UUAUCACUGGAACGCAUUGCUUCAAUGGUUACUCCCAGUGUCAGGUGAAAACUGUUGUCGGAACUGACAGAAAGCCAUUUGAGCUUAGCAAGGGGUAAUUAGACUAAGCUUCAAGAUUGUUAUAUUCGUUGCUUUGUUUCGUUGUCUUUCUGAAUCAACAGGGACUUCUUGCCUUGCGUCAAGUGAUCUGAAGCACGACAAAUGCUGUUGCAGUUCUGAGCCUACAGAGCGCUGGCGUUGGGUGGGGAUAGAUCUGGAACAGCAGCAGUAUGUAGAAUGCAUGGAGCGCAAGUUUGAAGACAAUGGGUAGGCAGAGUAUGCUGUUUCAGCUACUCUUCUCCUGCAUACUUUUCUCUGGAGUCUCUGCUGAAAUUGGUUCGCCUGUUGCUAUACGCAUUGCCUGUGGCUCUACCGAAAGCUCAACAUCUCCAGACGGGAAGCUGUGGCUUAAAGAUACAGGAUACUCUGGAGGCAAAACAGCAAUUAUCAAGACGCGCAAUGUGUUGGCUCCGCAGACAAGCACAGCUCGCUACUUUGAGAUGUCAGAUGGUCCCGAGAACUGCUACAACAUCACAACUCAGAAUGGCCACUACCAUCUCAGAUUCUUCUUCGCCUUUGGUAGUGCUGAUAACUCCGAUCUAGAGCCGCAGUUCGACGUCUCACUCGAGGGAACGCUCGUCUUCAGCUUGAUAACUGGUUGGGGCGGAUCCAGGGGACUGAGUUAUCCAGAGGCUCUACUUUAUCUUGAGGACGGUGCUGUCACAGCGUGCUUUCACAGCUCCGGUCACGGGAAUCCUUCGAUCUCGUCGUUCGAAAUAAGCCAGAUAGAUGAGCAGGCUUAUGCUCCUGGACGUUCGUGGAGCCGCCACGUCGUGCUCAAGGUGGUCAAAAGAGUUAGCUGCAGCGAGAAAAACUUAAGGGGGUAUGAAUCCAGAGCUGGCGCUAGUGUCUGGGGUGGGGACAGGUUCUGGGACUCGGAUUUGGGCCUGGACAAAGGUCCUACAGAUUCACUGACGACAACGGAAAGGAUAAACAACACAUCAGUCGCUCCAAACUUUUAUCCGGAAAGUAUAUAUCAGAGCGCGUCGAUAACCAGCACGGGUGCAAGCGUGUCCUACAACAUCCAGAUAGAACCCAACCAGAAUUACUCCUUGUGGUUCCAUUUUGCUGAGAUAUCGUCCGGCAUCGCAGCUAAAGAGCAGAGGGUGUUUGAUAUACUCGUGAACAGCCAGCUUAUCUUCCCGGACGUAGAUAUCAUCGGUCUUGCUGGAGCGAAGUUCACUGCUCUUGUGCUUAACAAGACGGUGUUUGUCGAAGGAAAAACUCUAGUUAUUACUUUCAGGCCGGUCCAAGGAUCAAUAUUGGUGAACGCUUUCGAAGUCUACCAACUCGUCAGAAUGGAGUACACGACUGAUCCAAAAGAAGUUUGGGCUUUACAAGCUCUUAAGAACUCCUUAGCUCUCCCGCCAAGAGUGGGAUGGAAUGGGGAUCCCUGUGUACCACAGGAGCAUCCAUGGAAUGGGAUUAACUGCGGCUUUCAUUUCGACAAAGGAGGCUGGUUUAUAGAUGGAUUGGACCUUGACAAUCAAGGACUGAAGGGACAUAUUGCGAAGGACAUUUCCUACUUAACGAACUUGCAAAGCAUAAACAUCAGCGGAAACAGCCUCUAUGGACAAAUUCCACCCGAGUUUGGGAAUCUUACGAACCUUGUCGUGUUGGAUUUGGCAUACAACGCCUUGAAUGGAUCGAUUCCGGAAACAUUUGGCAAUCUUCCUCGACUGAAAAAGCUGUACCUCAAUGGAAAUCGUUUGAGUGGUGCCGUCCCGGGGAUUCUUCUUGCUGGUCCAAUGCACGGCGCGAGUUUCAACUUCUCAGACAAUCCCGGUCUUUGUGGUAUACCCGGUGUUCGAAGUUGCGGCUUUGUACUCGCUUCUGGAGCUAAAGUUGGGAUCGCAUUUGGAGCGUUCAUCUUCGCUAUGAUCGCAGUAACCUGUGGAUUCUGCCUGUGGAAGAGAAGACAAAACAUUGCCCGCUCUCAAAGAAUCACAACAACACGGAGCGCUGCUUACGCGAAAUCGAGAACGCAAUUUACCAAAGAUCUCCAACUCGCGAGAAUGCACGAUCUAGGCAGUCCGUACAGGGAGCGGGAUCCGUACAGGGAGGACGAGCCAAUCUAAGCCGUCCGCUAAAACCUUCCACGUGUCAAACUCCUAGUUGCAGACGUGUUCAAAUUGGACACCACUUGUGCCACGUGACUUUGUACGGUGGAUGGCUCGCCACGUGGCAGUAAAGGUUCCUAGAUUUGCGGAAGAAAAGGGUCAAAGUAUUCUAUUGUA